AUGGGACACAAAUCAGCAACCAAAGCACCGUCUCGUACCAUUCCCCAGUUACUGGAAAGUUUCAAGGAUGAAGUGAACAAGCACGCCCGGCCAACCUCGGCCCAACUCAAAGGAAUCGUCGACGAACUUGUCCCUUUUCUUAGCCGCCUUGUUGAUCACAACAUCGAGCAGCAUAACCGAAUUCUGGACCUUGAACGGGAAAUAUAUCAGCUGAAGAAAUUGAAGGCACCUGUCAAUGCCACCGCAGGGCCGGGCACCGUGCCCGCCACAGUCAAUCUCGCUUCUCAGCCACAUGGAUUACAGAAGCGCCAUGUUCCCCACAGCAACCCCCAAAAUGUGACGCCCAAGCAGAUUCCAAAGACGUAUGCCCUGAUUGUAUCAGCCGACAAAGAGAAGUCAGACGGAAAUGGUAGUCACCAUAUUGCUGUCGAUGAGAUCGAAAAGAAGUUACCACAAUGUAUACCUGACGCCAGCGCGAGAUUUAAUAUGGAGCAAGUACGGCGCACUCAGAACGACAACAUCGUCAUCCGUUUCCGGGAAGAGAGGGACCGCGACGCCGCGAAAGCCGAAUUGGAAAAGCACAAAGAUACCCUCGGAUUUACGUACAUUCCCGUCGCACUGGAAGACGUCAUACGUGACUCCUCUUCCAAAACGUCUGUAGAUCAAACAUUAAUUACCAAUUACCGCCCUAUUGCAAUUCUGCAUCCAGUUUCGAAAAUCUUUGAAAAGUGCAUUGCCAACUAUUUACGAUGUUUUUUGGAAAGCAAUUGCUUGUUAAGUGACAGCCAGUUCGGAUUCCGUGCUAAGCGUAACACGGAACUGCAGUGUUUGGUUUUCUCGAAAUUUGUUAAAGACUUUAUUGAAAACGGAGUUGAAGUUGAUGCGGUGAUGUUAGACUGCUCCAAAGCCUUUGAUCGUGUAGACCACCAGUCCUUGUUGACAACACUGGGCUUGCUUGGUGUUGACCCCGACGUUAUUAGUUUGCUGGAUGACUACUUAACUGGUAGAGAACAGAUUGUGGUCGUGAAUGGCGUAUUUUCAAAAAGCGGGGUUACAACCAGCGGAGUACCACAAGGUUCAGUAUUAGGUCCAAUAUUGUUUAUCUGCGAAAUUAAUGGGAUAGUGUUUGUUCUGCUAAAUGGUAGCAGGAUUUUUAUUUUCGCAGACGAUGUGUUCUUAUGCAGGCCAAUAAGAACGAGCGACGACUGCACGAAAUUUCAAGAAGAUAUCGAUGCCGUAUUUAAAUCAGCGGUUGAAAAACGAUUGACCUUUAACCCGAAAAAAUCAGUGCACAUGCGCUUUUCCAAUAAACGAAGUUUAAGUGACGUAAAUAAAUAUUUUUUGAACAACGUCGAGAUUGAAAGUCGCCCUGUCGUUAAAUAUUUGGGGUUAGUGGUCGAUCGAAAACUGCGGUGGGGUGAGCAUACGAGUAAUUUGUGUAUCAAGAUUAGGAAACGUAUAGGCUACAUCUUAUCGCUGUUUAACCAUUAUGACUCCGCGGCACUUAUUUGUUUGUAUAAAGCGUUAAUUUUUCCACUUUUUGAUUAUUGCAGUCCCGUGGUAAAACCAUUUCUCAAAACCCAUAGAGACGAUUUAGAUAAAUGUGCUUUAAAGUUCCUGAAAAGAUUGCGAAUGGGCAAUGCGCGUACAGAUUACAGUGGCAGGCUUCGCGAGAUAAAUUGGGAUUGUGUUGAACUGCGUCGCAUUAAAACGUCUUUGUGUGUUGCAUAUAAACUCGUAUUCGGCAUGAUACCUUUUGGCAGCCAUUUUUUUAUUUGUUAUGAGUCAGUUACUGCCGUCGAUACUGUUGCAGGUAACACUCGGAAUGCCGAUCGGAUGUCGCGCCACCCAUUCCCGAUUCAAGCUGCCAGAACAAGUUUUGUGGAACGGAAGUGCCAGCCAGCGAAAAUUCUUUCUCAUGGAGGACUGCUAAACUUUGGAACGACCUCAAUUUAGAUCCGUCAUCGUACUGCUCACUGCAAUCAUUCCAAAGAGCAUUGGAAGACGUCUCUUGGAAGGAGAUCGCAUCUGCUAACGACCAUCUGCCGUCGAAUAACCUUGACUUUUGUUAAAUCGAUGAAAUUGAUGAAAUGUUUUACUGUUUUCUUAUAUAAGUUUUAUUUGUUUUUUUUUGUAAUAGAUUAUGUUGACCUGUCUAUAGAUCUCGAUAAGGAGUGAUUCCUUGUAUCUGUAGACACUAAGCGAUUAAAA